AUGAGCAGCUUCUUCUCCUUAUGGUGGACUCCACUACCCUACAUCUUGUUGACUAUAUUCAUCAUUUUAGUUAUUGUCAGUUUUAUAUUAUUGUUUAUUGAUGCGUACAACUAUCCAGCGAAAAACCAAUGGAAAGGAUUAGGCAGCAGUGAUAUUGCCCUUGUCACUGGAGGAUCUAGUGGACUCGGAUUGGAAAUUGUCAAGUCGUUGUUGAUACGAGAUGUCACUGUGUAUGUGCUUGAUCGCAAUCCAAUUCCAUUGAAAUUAGCCGAGGAUGCGAAACUCCAUUACAUUGCUUGUGAUUUAGGAGAUGAGUGUGAGUUGAAAGACAAGUUGAACAGGUUGGUCCAUGACUUGAAUAAUAAGAAACAGUAUAUUAGUGUGCUUGUGAAUAACGCCGGAGUUCGAGAUCAUCGGUCAUUGGUCAAUUUAAGCUUUGAUAAAGUCAAGGCAAUGUUCAACAUCAAUACGAUCCUGCAAGUUUACAUUUUACAAAAAAUACUUUCAAACCACUUAUCGUACAAUGGCAAUGGCAAGUUGUCAAUAGUGACAGUAUCGUCCAUUUUAGGAACAUUUGCACCAAAAAAUUUAUCAAUUUAUUCGGCAACCAAAGCAUCACAAAUCAUGUUACAUGAGUCCUUGCAACAGGAGUUGAGACAAUUUCCCAAAAUUAGAUUGUUGUUAGUCACCACGGGACAAAUGAAUACUGAAUUGUUCAAGGAUGUGAAGCCCACAAAACAAUUUAUUGCGCCUGUUGUUGAUCACGUUGAAUUGGCACAGACAAUUACGAAAAAAGUUGAUAGAGGUUAUAUGGGCUGUUUGGCAGAACCAAUGUAUGCAAAUUUACUUCCAGGAAUAAGAACGGCGCCAUUGUUUGUACAAGAUUUUUGUAGAUGGGUUAGUGAGAUUGAUGAUAAAGUCAAGGAUAUCAUUUGA